AUGGUCCCAACUGAAGCAGCUGCAGCUAGCCCUUUAUCAGCUUUGGUUAAAUGCAUAGGUUGGGCAAUUCUGGACUGGGAUGAAAAGAAGAUGCUCCAGCUUCUAAUUCCACUGCUUAUGGUGCUCAAAGGACAUGCCCUGGAAGAGCCAGUUCAUUGUGGCCACCGACCUGCCUUUUCAAAUUCAUCAUUGUUAUCAUUUCGUGAACUGUUUGAAGUCCAGGAAGUACAAUUCACUAACUUCAAAAUGCCCAUCUGUCUGCAGAAGAAGGAAAGGAUCUGGGACCGGUGUUGGAUGGCAGAGUGGGUGACAGCUUAUGAGCAUGACCUAAAGGACAACUUAAACGUGUACCUGCAGAAGCUGAGAGUGAUGCAGAUUAGCUGGAGAGAAUGCAGCAAGAGAGUAGACCAGCUCUCUAGGAACAUGGUUUGUGCUUGGAAGGAACCAGGCACCAAAGGCGAUUGCCAGGGAGACAGUGGGGCACCUAUGGUCUGUACUACUCAUGGAACCCAGAGGCUCUUCCAAGUGGGUGUCUUCAGUUGGGGUACAAGAUCUGGCUUCAGGGGGAGGCCCGGUAUGUUUGUGUCUGUCGCUCAAUUUAUUCAAUGGAUCCAGGAGGAAACAGAAAAGGAGGGAAAAGCCUAUACCAUCUCAGGAGCCUGGAGAAGCUCCCUGCUUCAUGUUCCAAUAUAUCCAUUAUUGUUGGGCGUGGGUUCUCAAAUGUUGUUUGCCACCAUGUUUACUAGUGAUAAAUCAAAUCACUAA